AUGGAGGCAAUCCCUGACAGCACAGAGUCAACAGUCAAUGCCGCGAGUACUCGAUCUUCCUCGCGAAGGGUACGGGAAUUCAAGAACUGGAUUGUGACCGAAGAAAACGAAUCUAAAUCGAGUGAAUUCGCAAGUGGACACGAGACAAUACAGAGUAUUUCCAAUUCUACGGAACAUCCGAUUCAAGAUAACAAACAGGGAGUAAAUUCCAAUCGACAAGAGGACACAAAGUCGGCUGCGAAUAGAAAAAUAAUGGGAUACAAACAAGCAACGAAAAAAAGACUUCGUGUUGAUGCAGCAGCAUCCCUCCUCGCCACAUUGAAUGAGCGUGCCUAUAGUAGAUCCUUGCUAAGAGAUGCAAACAGCAUCAAUCACAGAAUUGUCCUUCCAAUGGGGCUUCCUUGGAUGCACGACACUGUUCCGCUUUCCAAAACCAUUCCGUUUGAUAUUGAUGAAAUGCCCGACAUACUGGCUGCUGGUGAAGGCCGCGACAUGCCUUUCGCCCAUACCCCAAGCAGUAUGAACAAGAAAGAACGGAAAUCGAAAUAUGCGUUUGCAAGAAACUCUGCCAGUCUUCACUCAGUAGCUCGGCGGUGUUCCGAUCCUGGAAUCAUUGACCUCACUUCCAUCAUUAACUAUGAGGAUGAGAACAAUCUCCACUAUCGUUUCAAAGGCAACAGUGCUUCAUUUCGUUCAAUUAAAAGCCUCCCAGGAGAGAUUGCUUUACUCUCGUUCGAGAUUGCACAUCGUCGCAAAAGCACUGUACAAGAUCACGCCAAGACGAUCAGUCGCAAAAAAGAAUGGUCAGUGAGGAUCAAUUCUACGAGCAGCAAGUCUUCAAUAUUGCCUUCCGAUCUAGCUGGGUAUCUAGAAGCUCGGCUUCCUGCUGAGGUACAAGACGGUCGUUUCCUCAGUAUGAAACGAGCAAAAGCGAUAGCCAAAGCGCUAGGGUCGUAUGACUGUAGGCAUGGUCUUCCUCCAACAAAUCCAACUGGUAAAAAUGCCAAUCGGAUCACAGUUGGUAGAACGAGAAGAAUGUGGACAGCAAAGAGCCCCCCUGGUAAGCCACAGAGGGUUUUCUUUACAUCUUUGUUGACAGGAGAAAAACUAGACAGUGGAUCUCAAAAGCGACCGCGAGAUGUUCGGCUGGCAAUCAAAGUAGAAGGAGAAUACUGUUAUGGUGAAAAUUCAUCGCAGUAUUCGCCACUCUCGGCGACACAUUUCUGGGGGAUGAGAACGAAAAAACGAUGUGUAGUCAAUCCAAACAAUUACGCCAGCAUACUUUUAAAGCAUGGGAAUAUCAGAGAAAAAGAUGUGCUUUCGGAUCAAGAAAGAUCCGAAGGCGAAGGAGAAAGUGGCUUUCGAGAACCACAAUUCGAUUGCUUGCCUGAUAACACUGGUGUCAUUUGCGUGACUUGCACUUCGCCGGGGAAUAUUACCAUACCAUCUAUCCAUGAUAUACUCAAUAACUCGGCAAGACAAAAUUCGUUGCAUUGUACUGUGUGCUGGGCGCCUAGAUCCUCUCAAUUAGGAGAGGUACAAACAUGCGCUGUUUGCGGGUUGUCAGCACAUUUGCAGUGCUGCCUCGAUCCUGGAGAAGUGUCGCAUAUUGCGAAAGGAGGAACAAUUUCUGGAAAAUGGAUGUGUGCAGUGUGCUGUUUAAGACGACAACAGUGCGCCAAUGAUACAAAAAUGUGCCCUUUGCCCAUAUUCUGGCGGAGCUAUGUCUCCUGUCUCCAUUGA